AUGGUUGCGCGCUUGUCAGCUGACUCAUCUUCCGGUCUUUCACAUGGCUCUACAAUCUAUCACAAAUUCGUGUGCAGACUCGACGUAAACGUUUUUAUGGAACCAGGAGUGCAAGACAAGUCGGCAAUGCUUCAAGAAGGCGCCCAUCUACCGUAUGCCUUUGCUUAUGACAAAGCGGAUGGUGUAAUCAUCGUGCAGCGCGGCAGUGUCGCUCGCAUUAAUGCAGCGGACGUGGAUGGCUUGCGAAUGCGAGCGGUCGAUAGCGGAGGCGAGGGGCAGGCAGAGAUAAAGAGGAAUGUGAGAGUCAACAGUACUGCUUUGUUGCUGCCGCUAGUGAUGCGGCUGCUCAGCGGAUCCUUUGCUUCUACAGAUACAUUGCGUCGCGUUGGCACUUGUUCGCUACCUUUGGAACAGUGCCAACCCGACCUGACCACUCCUUACUGUGUUCAUAUGUGUUCUACCCUUUCCGCUAGUACUGGGACUGCAGCGCAUCCGUCUCGGUUGUAUGGCAUUAUGGGUGCUACAGUGAUCAGUGCAGCAUUGGCGAUAUGCUGGCCACAAUAUGGCGGUCACUUGUAUGAUAUUGCUGCUCUGCUAAUGGACAUCCAAUUGAUGUAUUAUGAGGCCUUCUUCAUGGAUAUGGCGUUAUUGGCUGAUGGCUGUAGCUGUCACAAUACACUUCAGGUUGUUAGGCCAUGA